AUGUCAGUGGCCGGUGGGAAUGCGACCGCGGAAGAGAAAAAACCUGGUUAUUGUGAGGAUAGCACGGACAGCGACAAUGACACGGAGAGGAAGAGACUCCUUCGGAGGAUAUCAACAAGCAAGUGCGUCGGGAGACUCCCCGUGGUCAAGGAGGGUUACUUGAUGAAACAAACGCGCAGUUUCCAGCGAUGGCAGCGCCGAUACUUCAGGCUGCGCGGGCGCACUUUAUACUACGCCAAGGAGAAAGACUCGUGUAUGUCAGCGUUGUACACCUGCUUCGCCGAGACUGCUCGGCGCCUCGCCCGCCUAGACUUCGUCAGUCGCGCUUUCGGCGCUGCGACGGGCACACGUUCAACCUAUGUCGGUCGCAACGAAAAAUAG